UUUUCUCGCGCUUUUCUUUCGAACACGAACGAAAACAAUUUAUUAACAAAAGCAGCGCCGCCUCAAAAACACACACACUCGUACUCAAGCACACAGUAUAUCACCGUUUUGCGAGUGUAUUUGUUUAACGCGUAUUUGGUGCUUGCGGUUUUUGUUGCGGUGCGCCAGUGCAGAGGUGCAGCGCAAGCAGAGAGGCUGCUGGAAAAACUAGGUGUGAAAAUGGCGAAAAUCAAUAACAAAGCAAAAUAAAUAAAGUGCACGCGAAAAUAAGUGGUUUUGCAGCAGAAGAGCGGGAAGAGGCAAAACAGCGUAAAAGUGAGAGAAAUCCAAGUGCGUGAUGAUAAAACGAAACGAAUAGGAAUAAGAAUACGAAUACGAAAAGGCUAUACAAAGGAGACGAAGGAGAAAAGUGCAGUAGAACGUGUGUGAGUGUGUAUGUGUGAGUGGAAAGGAAGCCGCCAACAAAUUUCGGUGCAUUCGCUGCAGACGUCGACGCUGGCGUUUUUUUACGUGACGCGAAUUAAAUGCGCCGCUUACAGUAGUGCUCUCUUUCUUCAUCCCAUUCCAUCCCGCUCUUGCGCUUAUAAUUAAUUCCGUUUCUGCCGCCGCUGCGAAUAGGGUCAAAAUAAAACACGUAAAAAAUACAUCCAAAUGCUGGCCGGUUUUCUUGUUUGCGGUUUAAACAGCGCGCAGCGCGCGUGAUUCAUACGGAUUCGGCUUUAUUGUUGGGCAGAGUGGCAGCAGGGAAGCAGAGAGGCAGCGGCAGAGGUACAUCUACAGCUACACAAACAACACUGCCGUGCAUUGAACCGUCGACUGCAACGCAACGGUUUCCUGCUGAAAACAUUGUCAUACGAGCAGAGGUAGAGGCAGAGGCAGAGGUAGAGGCAGAGGAGCAGCAGCAGAGGACGCAACAGCAAAAUGGACAACAUUCGGGCGGUCGUCGAGUACGAGUACGCGGCCAAGGAGCAGGACGAGCUGGAUCUCCGCAAAGGUGCCAUCAUCCAUCACAUCCAGCAGAUGCCCGGCGGCUGGUGGAUGGGCACCCUCAAGGCCACCGGCAAGACGGGCAUGUUUCCGGACAACUUUGUGCGCGUCCUCGACACCAACGGCAGCACCAAUGGCAACGGCGAGCACAUCGACGAUGGCACAGCCGUCCAGCUGAGGGACAAAUCAGAGACAUCGAAUCGGCGCGUUAAAGUCGUCUACAGCUACACACAAGUGAACGACGACGAGCUGACGCUGACGAUGGGUGAUGUCAUUGAGUUCUUAGGGGAGGUCGAGGAAGGCUGGUGGCGCGGACGUCUGCGCAGCAAAGUCGGCGUCUUCCCGUCGAACUUUGUGAGACUUAUCGAGCCGUCGCCCAUACUGGCCUCCAAGCGUCCGCCGACGAUUGGUGCCACGGUGAACACUUCAUCGCUGACUGCCAAGGCGGCGAAUGUGGCAGAAGCGGCAUCAGCGGCGGCAUCAGCAGCGGCAUCAGCGGCGGCCCCAACAACGAAGCAAACGACCAAGAGCAGAGGAGCACCGGCCACAGUUUCAGCUCCCGCUCCCGCUCCAGCAGCUGCCCCAAUCACAGUCCCACCCCCAGCUGCAGCUGCAGCUGCAGCUGCAGCCCCUCCAGUCUCGGAUCCCGCACCCAUGCUGCCGCCGAAGCCGUCGCGGCUCUGCCGCGUCGAGUUCCCCUACGCCCCGAUGAACGAGGACGAGCUGGAGCUCAAGGUGGACGACAUCAUCACGGUCAUAAGCAUGGAGCUGCCGGACAAGGGCUGGUGGAAGGGCGAGAUCCACGGCAAGGUCGGCGUCUUCCCGGACAACUUUGUCAAGAUGCUGGAAGCUCCUCCCAUGCCACCGCCACCGCCGCCGCGCCCCCGUGCCCGACCCCGAGCUGGCGCUGGCGCUGGAGGCUACUCGGACCGUGCCCCACCGCAGACGCAGCGCGGCGGCUCUUUCGAGUUCUUGGGCGCGCGUAUGGCCAGCUUUAUCACCACGAUUUUUGCCCCCAUCAACGAGCCAGCCACGACACAGCCACUGCCGCAGCCGCACCCCCACUCACUGCCUCAGCAGCAGCAGCAGCAAUCCCAGAAGAAGAUCAGCAACAGCAUCGCCAACGCCACCAGCCACCACAUGACCACAACGAAUUCGGUCAACGCCAGCAGCAGCAGCAGCAGCACGACGGUGAGCAGCAGCCAGCAGCGGGAACAGGUGCGGGAGCAGACCACCAACUCGACCACAUCGAAGGUGUACAUCAAGAAGACGGGCAGCAGCUCCCAGAGCAGCAGCUCCUCGGGCCGCAAGGAGAGCUUCGGGUCGCGCGACUCCCUCAACGACAUCCUCAGCGAGACGGGCCUGCCCACCGGCAAUGUGGCCGCCCAGCGCAAGUCCCUGGAGACCAAGAACCUCGACCUGAGCAAGCAGCCGGGCCAGCAGAAGAGCGCGGCCACCACGACGGCCCUCAGCAAGAGCAUGGAGAGCCUCGAUGAGAAGGUCAAGUCCCCACCACCGCCAGUGCUGAGCAAGAAGCCCAGUGUGCCGCUAAAGAAGACGCCCACAGGCGGAGUGCCAGUGGCAGGGAACCUCUUGGGCGGCAAAAAGAAGAGCAACCCCGAGGGAAAGCUAACCAGCGCCGUGUCGCACGAUCUGGCCGAUGGUCUGGCAGCCAGCAAGCUGAUCGCCGGACAUCUGCCCGAGCAGGGAGUCGCCGGCAAUCUGGUGAUCCGGCGAGCGGCCACCAUAGCCGGAGAGGAUGUGGAAUUCGACCUCGUGGAGCGCGCCUCGAUCCUGCCAGAUGUGCGGGCAGGGCGCGUGAAGGCGCCCAAGCGGAGACCGCCCUCGGCGGCCAUCAAUGUGCUGGGCGAGAGCAACAACAAUUCGGUGUACGUGAACGGCAGCGGGAUGGCCGGGACGGGCGGCAGUGCCAGCGAGCUGAGUGAGGACGGGGGCAGGCAGGCGGCCUCCUCCGACGACAACUCCACGGGCGAGGAGCAGCUGGCCAAGCCGAAGCCGCGCGAGUGGGAGAAGAAGAAGGCCCCGUGGAUGGAGGAGCUGAAGGCCUCGCAGGUCACCCGCAAGAAGACCUCCCCGAGCGUGGAGCCGCGCGGCGCCUCCGUGGCCGAGCGCACCUCCAAGCUGUUCGCCGCUGAGCAGGUGGCAGCCAACUCUAGUGUGGUCUCCAGCAGUGCCACGAGUAGCAGCAACGGCAGUCAGCAGAGCAGCAGCACCACCACGAAAGUGCAGUCCUCGGCGGUGACGUCGUCCAGCCUCCUGCAGCAGUCGAUGAUCGUGGAGAGCAGCAGCCGGAAGGAGACGUCGGCCAUCAGCAGCAGCAGCAUCAGCUCUGUGGCCACCAGCACCGAUGCAGCCAUGUCCCGCAGCCUGUCGGCUGCCAAGGCGGCGGCCAGCGACGAGGAGACGCGAGCGCCACGCCCCAACAGUCUUUCCAUAAGGAACCGCAGCGUCUCGCCGCUGGUCAAGACCUCCAAUGCCACGCAGGUGCAGUCCCAGACGCAGGAGGAGAAGACAGCCACCACCAGCAGCAGCAACAGCAGCAGCACCACUGUUCAGCAGAUAAACGCAAGUUCAGCCCCCGCCCAGCAGCUCAGCAAUCACCAGGAGUCGGCGUCGGCGUCAGUGUCAGCGGCGCCGCCACGCGUGGCACAGCUCGAGCAGCGGGUGGACAAGCUGGAGGCCAUGGUGCAUACCCAGCAGCGGACCAUCGAGGAGCUGGUGCGGACGCUGCGGGAGGAGACGGACCGCGUGAAGCUGCUGAGGAACGAGCUGGACAAAUACGCCCACAAGCAAUCGCGUCGCGGGAAGUUCGACAAUUGGAUGUUCUAAUUGAUCGGAGGAGCAGCCACGCAACAGCUAGAGAUCAUCUCUAGUUGUGCAGACUACCAUAUGUUUUCCUUUCUUUUUGUGAUAAGCCUCUCUCUCCCCCUCUGAGUAUACCAUUCAGCAUUCAGCAAUCAGCAUUCAGCAUUCAGCAAUCUGUAGUCUAAACAAAUCAAUAUCUCGGUACCGGAACCAAUCCCCCCGAUCGCCCAUUUGUUAGCAAAUAUAUGUCGCAUUUUAUAUCGCUUAAACUGUAAAUAUUAAUGUACAUUGAAUAUGGCUUAUAAAAUAAACAUUUACUUAGUA